UAAAAGAGGGGACGAGGGCCGCUGGGCAUUGGCCUGGGGACCCGAGGUCGGCAGCAGGACAGGGCGGACGGUAGCUCCGGCGGCAAGGGAAGGCACGGGCCGGGAUGGGGCCGGUGGCGCUGGCCCUGGCCGCCUGGCUGGUGGCGGUGGCGGUGGCCGAGGGGGCGGCCAACAGCAGCCGGCUCUGCCAGGCGGCCCCAGCGUGGACCAUCAAUGGCUCGAGCCCCAUGGCGGGGGUGGCAGGGCAGGUGACGGUGGUGGCCCUGCUCAAGGCCAGCUGACACUUCUGCCUGAGGCAGGCCCGCAGCCUUGGGGGCUUGCGAGAGAAGCUGUCGCGGCAGGGCAUGGCCGACGUCCACUACAUGAUCGUCAACGAGAAGGCGCCGCUGUCACGGGCCCUGUUUGGGGAGCUGGCGCGCCAGGCCCCCCCCGGCGUCGCCGUGUACCAGCAGGAGCCCCAGGACCCCGAUGUGUGGCAGCUCCUGGAGGGCGACAAGGACGACUUCCUCGUCUACGACCGCUGUGCCCGCCUGGCUUUCCACAUCCAGUUGCCCUACAGCUUCCUACACUUCCCCUACGUCGAGUCAGCCAUCCGCUUCACCUACAGCAAGGACUUCUGUGGCAACUGCUCCCUCUACCCCAACAGCACCCAGGAGGCUAACAGCACCAUGGAGGUCCCUGCAAACCCAAGCCCGCUUCCCGAACAGGAGGAGAAGGAGUCAGAGCCGCCCAUUCGCCAGCACAACCCUCUCCAUCCUCAACACCACGUGGUCAGCAGUGAAAAAGCCUCAGGCCCGAGUGGGGACCACCAACCUGCUGCCCAUGGCCUCCACCACCAGAGAGACCACAGCAAGCCCCAUCCCAAGGGGCAGGAGCAGGAGCAACAUAACCACUAAGUAGGGUUGGGCUGCCUUGGUGAACCCAGCGCUGUGCAAACCAUGCCAAGCCACUUCCCAGAGUCAUGAAAGGAUUUGCUAGUCCCUCAGGUUGCUGGUCACCAGCAGCAUUGAUUUAACAACCCCCUUCAGCAUCCCUCAUGUAGGUCAUGUUCCCACCCUGUGAUGAAAAUCCCUCUCGGACACCAAAAGAUGCAGCCUUUCCUGCCCUAGGGCUCAGUUCUGAUUCUUCAUCUGCUGACGCCUGCUUUUCCACGCUCAAUGAAGCCCGUAGUGCAAACUGGGACCUCCCUGGUCACUGCGGGAUGACACUGCAUGGAGCAGCAGAGCAGGGGUGGAAGGGACAGAACUGGGAUGUGAGCAGUGCUGACCAGCAGAGCCCCUGCCCAUCCCGGCAUCCCUGGGCAUCUUUGCCGGGGAGUGAAUGGAGGGGCAGUGUAUGCCCCACGAGACGUGUCCAGAGGCUAGGGGUGUUAGGCAUGGGUGCUGAUGGGAAGUCACCACUUCUGAUGGUCCAAACCCUGUACCCCCAAAGCUGCCGCAUCCUGGGGACCGCCAUGCCUUGCACACAGGUAUGUGCAGUGGUGAUGGGUGGCCGCAAGAUGGUGGCCUUGCCCCCUCUCAAAAACGCAGGGGCCAUGUCCAGGGCCCACAGCCCUGGGAAGAUGUGCGUGAAGAUCCUGGGGCCUCUCCUGGAGGGGAAGAGAGGUCGGUGGUCUGAGAGGGAUGUGAAUAUUGAGAUCAUGAAUAAAACCUCUGUGGAGUGAA